GGCGGCCGGAGGAGAAGAAGGUCACACAGCAUCGGGCUGGGGGAGCAGUCGCUGGGACACAUCAGACCUCUGCAGACCGAUGCUCAGGAGAGCCCAGGCCACAGGGACAGGUCCUUGAUACCUCGAGUCAGCAAAGCCAACUCACACAGGAGUUUACAAUGUCAAGCAACGUUUCAGAAUGCCACAUCUAUGAAGAAAUGGAACCUUUUACCUAUUUUUACUACUUGAUUUUUCUCAUGGGAAUUAUUGGAAGCUUUUUCGCCCUGUGGGCAUUCACACAGAAGCAUCAGAAACACAAACCUAUGAGCAUCUACCUGAUCAACCUCCUCACUGCAGAUUUCCUGUUGACUUUGACUUUGCCAAUGAAGAUCAUUGUCGACCUAGGAAUUGCGUCCUGGAAUCUGAGAAUAUUCCACUGCCAGGUUACAGCCUGUUUCAUCUACCUGAACAUGUACCUGUCAAUCAUAUUUCUGGGAUUUGUGAGCAUGGAUCGCUGCCUGCAGCUGGUGCACAGCUCCAAGAUCUACCGCAUCCAGGAGCCCGGCUUUGCCAAGACCCUGUCCGCGGUCGUGUGGGUCAUGGUGCUGCUCAUCACCGUGCCCAACAUGGCCAUUCCCAUCCAGCACAUCGAGGAGAGACCCGGCGCGGGGUGCAUCGACUUCAAAACCAAGUUCGGGAGAGACUGGCACGUGUUCACCAACUUCAUCUGCACGGCCAUAUUCCUGAACUUCUCGGCCGUGAUCCUGAUCUCCAACUUCCUGGUGGUCAGGCAGCUGCACCGCCACAAGUACAGCGAGAGCUACGGCAGCGUGAGGAAGGCGCUGACCCACAUCCUGCUGGUGACGGCCGGGUACCUGCUGUGCUUCGUGCCCUACCACGCCGUGCGCAUCCCCUACACGCUGAGCCAGCGGGACAGCGCGGCCAGCUGCCCCCUCCGCCGGGCCCUCUUCAAAGCCAAGGAGUCCACCCUGCUCUUUGCCGUCUCAAACCUCUGCUUCGACCCCAUCCUCUAUUACCACCUCUCCAAAUCCUUCCGGCUGAAGUUCACAGAGGCAUUUGCAGCCCCCAAGCAGACAAAGGCUCGCGCAGAUGUGGAGCUGCAGCACAGCAGUGAGCAGAUACAUGGCCCUGACUGUCAAACAUGGGCACAGAGUGAGCCCACCAGCAGCUCUGAACAGCAGAUACACAGCCCCAACUCUCAGACAUGGGCACAGAGUGAGCCCACCUGCAGCACUGACCAGGAGAUACAUGGCCCUGACUGUCAAACACGGGCACAGAGUGAGCCCACCAGCAGCACUGAACAGCAGAUACAUGGCCCCAGCUCUCAGACACGGGCACAGAGUGAGCCUGAGCCCACCUGCAGCAGUGACCAGCAGAUACAUGGCCCCAGCUCUCAAACACGGGGACAGAGUGAACCUGAGCCCACCAGCAGCAGUGACCAGCAGACACACAGCCCCAGCUCUCAAACCCAGGCACAGAGUGAGCCCAGCAGCAGCUCUGACAGCUGUUGGGUGACUGUGUGCACAGACACCGCAGGUGACAACGCUCCUGAGGAUUCAUGAGCCCGAGCAGAAGGAAAACACUCGAUCAAUAAAUCCCCAUCUCUGUGUUCCACACUCACACGGGGGGUCUGAGCUCACAGAGCCUCCAACGAUGCCUCCCACAAACAGCUCAGUGAACAGUGGUGACCCACCAGGGAUCAGCAACGUGUGACAGCACGUGUUCAGACUCAAACAUACUUCAGAAUUAUUUAUGGCAAACACCUGAACUCACCUUUUCUAAGUUAAGUAGUGUGUAUUUACUAUAUUAAAUGACUUGGUGCAGUCAAGUGAAGAAAUUACUGAACAGGAGUUCUUCAGCUGCAAAGUUUUUUCGUGCACAUGAUUAACCCAAAAGCAUUUCAGAGGGCAUUACUUACUCCAGACAGGGAUUUUAAACUGCACUGAUUAAAAAUUAUUGUAUCUGCCUAUAUCAUACCUGCAGUUUUAAUAAAUAAAUUUCUUGUUCUUACCAAGUUCCAUUGCCUCUCCUUGCUGCUGCUUCAACAAAUAGGAAAAAACCUAACAUGUUAUUAUAGAAAAUUCAAGCAAGUUUUAAAACAAAGAUUUCAGCUUGUUCUGUUUGCUUGUUUUCUGUUCAUAAAAAUUUAUAAAACAGCAGCUAAGUUUAUUAAUAUUCUGAUAUACAUUUACUUCCAAAACUUAUGCAUAUGCACAAUAAUUAAUAAUCAAAAUUUAAAAAUCAAUUUGCAUUGGCAAAAUCCAGCUACUUAGAUUAGCUCCAUCUGCAAAUCAAAACUAUUUCAGAAACAAAACCAAGUUAUCUUUUUUCUAAUCUUUG